AUGUUAAUAACAGUGCGCUGCGCGCCCUCCAGCCGCUACACGCUGCUCUUCUCGCACGGCAACGCCGUGGACCUGGGCCAGACGUGCAGCUUCUACAUCAGCCUGGGCUUGCGCAUCAACUGCAACAUCUUCUCCUACGACUACUCGGGCUAUGGUGUGAGCUCCGGAAAGCCCUCCGAGAAGAACCUCUACGCCGACAUCGACGCUGUGUGGCAGGCGCUGUGCACCUGGUAUGGUGUGAAUCCUGAGAACAUUAUCCUCUACGGGCAGAGCAUCGGCACUGUCCCCACCGUGGACCUGGCGUUGUGGUACGAGUGCGCAGCUGUCAUCCUCCAUUCUCCUCUGAUGUCCGGUUUGCAUGUGGCUUUCCCAGAUACCAGGAAAACAUACUGCUUUGAUGCUUUCCCCAGCAUUGACAAGAUAUCAAAAGUCACCUCUCCUGUGUUGGUUAUUCAUGGUACAGAGGUUGAGGUCAUCGACUUCUCUCAUGGCCUGGCAAUGUAUGAGCGCUGUCCCCGAGCAAUGGAGCCCCUCUGGGUUGAGGGUGCUAGGCACAAUGACAUAGAGCUCUAUGCACAGUACUUGGAAAGACUAAAACAGUUCAUAUCUCACGAGCUUCCCAACUCCUGAAGAAGCGGCCAACCUUACCUCAUUUACUGUGAAUGGAGGAGUCCUUGUUUGCACACUCUUUAACUGGAUGAUAUCUAUACUGGCUGGAGAACAUGGAGAAGGGCCCAACCCUUGGGGUAUUCUCCUUAAAGAGCUAACAAAAUCUCAGUCUUUUUGUACCUAAUUCCCACCUCCUGUUAGGCCGAACAGCCGAACUAUGGGGACUGUGUCCCAAUGCUGUAGACUAAAGUCUGUUUCUUGCCCUCACCACCACCUCUUGUUGACUGACACAGGACUCAGCCCUCCACCCAUGUGCAAUGCCCUCUGCCUCCUGGCUCAUCCAUUCAUGGAGCCGUGAUAGUAUAACUGGAAAACUGUUGUAAAAAUGCCUUCAUUAAUUUUUGUUAACAUGCUGAUCUUUCCCCACACAAACAAGUUGGAGAGUAAUUUUCUGGAACUAUUAAAAACAGCUUCAUCAACUGCAACCAUAUAAAUAUAACUGGAAUGUUCUUAACAGGAAACUGGAGUU